UUGAUGAAGAUGAUGAAGAGAGUGAGGAAAAGUCCAGGUUUUAGAGAAUAUAUGUGUGUUUAGGGGCUUACAAGCAAGGGUUUUUGGCUGGAUGCAGGCCAUUUAUUGGGGUAGAUGGCUGUCAUCUUAAAGGUCCGUACAAGGGACAAAUGCUUAUUGUUGUUGGAAUUGAUGGGAAUAACACCACCUUCCCUGUGGCAUAUGCUGUGGUUGAAAGAGAAACAAAGAGAUCAUGGAAAUAGUUUUUUAAACUAUUACAAGAAGAUCUUAGAAUAGUAAACCACCAAGGAUUUACCUUUAUGUCUGACAAACAAAAGGUAUGUUCAACAAUAUGCAUACCAUCUUAUGAACUUUCUUUUGUUAUGAAGUGUUUGCUCAAUUUCCAAUUGUGUUUGGUAUGGUUAUGCAAUUUCAGGGUUUGAUUCCAGCACUAGCAGAGGUCAUUCCAAAUGCUGAGCAUAGAUUCUGUGUAAGACACAUGUACAACAACUUUCAGGAUAAUCACAAGGGUGUUCUUCUUAAAGAUUUGCUAUAGAGUGCAGCCAAAGCCUCUUAUGUUCAACAGUUUGAAUUUCAUAUGCAAGAAGUUAAAGAGGUUGAUGAAGAUGCAUUUAAGUGGUUAGCUGAGAAACCAGCUAACUUUUGGUCUAGAUCUCACUUCAUCACUCACAGUAAGUGUCACAUGUUGCAUAACAACAAUUGUGAAAGUUUUAAUUCUAGAAUUUUGGAUGCAAGAUCUAAGACAAUAUUACCUAUGUUGGAGGGCAUAAGGUGUAUUCUAAUGAAUAGAAUGCAAACGAUGAGGGAAGUCAUGAGGGCAUAUCAAGGGCCUUUGUGCCCCAACAUACAAAAAAAACUUGAGAAAAAGAAGGUGAAGUCUAGUAGCUGCAUUGCUAUGUGGUCUGGGGCUUCUACAUACCAAAUAAAUUGUUUCAAUGGACAACAAUUUGUGGUUGAUCUAGAAGCUCAUACUUGCUCUUGUAGGAAGUGGGAUUUAAGUGGUAUUCCUUGUCCCCAUAGUAUUUCAGCCAUUUACUUCAAGCAUGAAAAUCCUGAAGACUAUGCAGCACAUUGGUACAGAAGGGAGACCUAUAUGGCUACUUAUGAGCCCAUUGUAUACCCUAUUAAUGGUCCUGAAAUGUGGCAAAAAAAUAGGCCUACCUCCACUUUUGCCUCCAAAAGUUAAGAAGCAGCCUGGAAAACCUAAGAAAUUAAGAAUGAGGGAAAAAAAUGAACCCCAAAAUCCACACAAGUUGAAGAGAAAGCACACCACAACCACUUGUAGCACCUGUGGGAAGCUUGGACAUAACAGAAGGAGCUGCAAAGGACAACCUAUGGUUUGCAAAAGUAGGAGGGAAACAAUGCCUGCUAGUAUGAACACUGACAGCAACACUGCUGAUGCAACUCCAAUUAGUUCUCCAGUAGUAAUGGGAAGCCAACAAAGUGCCAAUUAGCCAACAAUGAGUACUAGGACAAGAGCAGUGGCCACUUCUAGUGCCACUCAGCCAAGCUUGAUCAACAAAGCAAUACCAAUUACUAAUACUUGUGCCAGCCAACCAAUUCAAGCAAACAAAUCAAGUUCUCAACCCAUGGAAUCCCAACCAAGAUCAACUUUUGCUGCUGGGAAGAGGAAAUUUUUUUUUGCUUCUGGUAAGAGGAAAAGAACUGUUGCUGGAUAGGGUGAUGAGAAACAUC